GCCGCCGCCACGGACUGAGUACCCGGUGCUGGAGGCUCGGACCCGAGGCCGACGCUGGGCGCCCCGCCCCCGCCCGCCAUGGCCGCACCCCGUGCCCCCCUCUCUCUCGCGGCCGCCGCACCCGCGACCGGAAAGGCCAAGCUGACGCACCCCGGGAAGGCGAUCCUGGCAGGCGGCCUGGCGGGUGGCAUCGAGAUCUGCAUCACGUUCCCGACCGAGUACGUGAAAACUCAGCUGCAGCUGGACGAGCGCUCAAAUCCGCCGCGGUAUAAGGGCAUUGGGGACUGUGUACGGCAAACGGUUCGCAGCCAUGGUGUCCUGGGCCUGUACCGUGGCCUCAGCUCCCUGCUGUAUGGCUCCAUCCCCAAGGCAGCUGUCAGGUUCGGAAUGUUUGAGUUCCUCAGCAACCACAUGCGGGAUGCCCAAGGACGGCUGGAUAGCACUCGAGGGUUGCUGUGUGGCCUGGGCGCAGGUGUGGCUGAGGCUGUGGUGGUCGUGUGCCCCAUGGAGACCAUCAAGGUGAAGUUCAUCCACGAUCAGACCUCCUCCAGCCCCAAGUACAGAGGAUUCUUCCACGGGGUUAGGGAGAUUGUACGGGAACAAGGGCUGAAAGGAACAUACCAGGGCCUCACAGCCACUGUGCUAAAGCAGGGCUCAAACCAAGCCAUCCGCUUCUUCGUCAUGACCUCCCUGCGCAACUGGUACCGAGGAGACAACCCCAACAAGCCUAUGAAUCCACUAAUCACCGGGGUCUUUGGAGCUAUUGCGGGCGCAGCCAGUGUCUUUGGGAACACACCUCUGGACGUGAUCAAGACUCGGAUGCAGGGCCUAGAGGCGCACAAAUACCGGAACACGUGGGACUGUGGCUUGCAGAUCCUGAGGAACGAGGGGCUCAGGGCAUUCUACAAAGGCACUGUCCCCCGCCUGGGCCGGGUCUGUCUGGACGUGGCCAUUGUGUUUGUCAUCUAUGAUGAAGUGGUGAAGCUGCUCAACAAAGUGUGGAAGACCGACUAAGCCCAGGGGGUGUGCAUGGGGGCUGCUCCAAGCCAGCUCCCACCACCUGCACCUCACAUGAUUCCAGUGCAGUCGUGCCAAAAGGCCCCUUCCCGUCCCUUGAGUUCUGUGGUCAUGGUAGCCAUGAUGUUCCAUAGUGUUGUGUCUCCCCCUUUGGUCUGUAUGUGAUACUGCCAUUGUGUGUGUGUCCAGCCUGGCCACUGUUGGGUAUCACUCUGGCCUAUGAAUCUGUGCCCACUUGUCCAUGUGCUUAUUCAUGAGCAGUGUA